GUUCUUGCAGGUCAAUUUGCAAGUUUAGGUGCAAAAUUGAUACUUUCUGCUCGCAAUGUAGGAGAACUUGAGAGAGUUAAAAUGGAAACUGUUGGCAAACAUACUGGUUCCUGUAUUGAGAUACUGCCUUUGGAUUUGGCAUCUGGUGAAGAAGCUCUGAAAGAUGCUGUUCAGAAGGCAGAGUCCCUCUUCUCUGGUUCUGGUGUGGAUUAUAUGGUACAUAAUGCAGCCUUUGAACGUCCGAAGAGAAAAGCUGUGGAUGAAACUGAGGAAGGGAUCCAGACCACAUUCAACAUCAAUGUACUGGGGACUAUUACUCUUACAAAGCUUCUUGUAUCUUUCAUGCUUAAAAGGAGAAGAGGCCAUUUUAUUGUGAUGAGUAGUGCUGCAGGUAAGUGCCCUGCACCGGGGCAGGCUAUAUACUCAGCAUCCAAGAAUGCUCUUAAUGGAUAUUUUCACACUUUGCGAUCUGAGUUAUAUUCUGAAGGCAUCAAAAUAACAGUUGUGUGUCCUGGUCCUAUUGAAACAUCAUCAACUUCUGGAGCAGGAUCUUCUAGUAUCAGCUCUUCUGAGAGGCGUGUAUCUUCAGAAAGAUGUGCAGAACUUACUAUUGUUGCAGCAACCCAUGGGCUGAAGGAAGCUUGGAUAUCAUACCAUCCUGUUUUGCUGGUUAUGUACUUGGCACAAUACAUGCCAACAGUUGGAUUUUGGUUAAUGGACAAGAUUGGUGCAAAUCGUUUGAAGGCUGCAAACAGUAAAGGCAAUACCUAUGGCUGGAAGCUAUUUUUUGGUGAAAAGAGAAAAACGGCAUGAUUUGAUCUGCCCCAUUACUAAUCAGUUUAAAAACAAUGGACAUUUACAAGCAUCCUUCUACCUAUGGCGACUGCCAAAUAAAUUAGAGGUAAUAAUUCAACUUGUUUAAUGUUUAUUAAAGAAAAUUAUAUGAGUAGGUUGCUUGGAAAGAUAAAGUAUUCAUAUCAUAUAAAAUUCCAAUAUCUUAAUCUAAAACAGA